CGAGAGGUUACCGCUGUAUCAUUACAUGUUGCCUAAAAGUUCUAUCUAUCUUAGUUAUCGGAGAAAAGUAGGUUAUGUCGCUAUAAUUUUGACCUUAUUAUAAUCCACAUGAACGACUCCCUGACAAGACCCCUGCAGCUGCCGAUCAAGAUCCUGAAGGAGGACUGCUUCUCCAACUUCAGCGUCGAAGAGGAAGACGAGUACCCCCGAGUGCGGCCGAGGUGGAGCAGGCGGAGCGAGCUGCACCUGUACCUGAAGAGCCAAUGGGAGAGCUGCUCGGAGCAGCCCAGCAGGUGCUACCUCCUCUACAGGUGGGCCCACCUAGCAGUGCUGCUGCUCUGCCUCGUCCUGUCCCUCGCCACCUGCCCCGUCCACUACCUCCUCAAGUGCUACAUCUACAUGACCACUUGGGCGCAGUGCUUCCACCUCUACCAGGCCGCCAUCGGCGCCACCAUAGUCACCAUGGGCUACCGCUCCACCGAGCCCCACAGGACCAUCUCCCCGCAGUUGGUAUCCUUGUACGGCGCGCACCACGCCACCUCCGUGGCCCUAGCUCUCGGCGUGUCCUUCGUGUAUUGGGUCUUCAUCUACGAGCGCGGCGCCAACCAGCUGACCCUGGCGAAGAUCACCUCCCACGGCAUCAACUCGGUGGUGAUGAUGCUGGACCUGCUGUUGGUGGCGCACCCCGUCUACCUGCUGGACAUCGCGUACCCGCUCUGCUUCGGCUCGGUGUACACCAUGUUCACGGUGGCCUACCAUUACGGCGGGGGCACCAACGCUAAGGGGAACCCCUACGUCUACAAGAUCCUGGACUGGAGCCAGCCGAUGGACGCGCUGUCCUUCGCAGUCAUCGGGAUGUGCAUCCUCACCUUCAUGUUCCUCUUGGUCUGGUUCGUAUCGACCAUGAGGAACAGCGUUGCUGCCAGGCUCAAGCCCACUUACAUUAUUGUUCACAUUUAGGUACUUGAAUACUUUAUUUAUUUAAAAUAAAUCGUAUAACCUACUUCCACAAUUUUGUUUUUGUUCGUUAUUUGACUGCAUGAAUUCAAAUAUUAA